GAGGUUUCUAAACCAACAAAUGGGGGAAAAUUCCAAUAAAACGGAUAAGAAGAAGAAGAAGAGAUACUUGGAAGACUCCGUCUCAUCUUCAUCCCCGUCAUCGUCAUCUUCUCCAAAUUCUUCUUCUGAAAGCGAUGACGAAUCUUCCUCGAGGCGGCACAAAAGCAGACGGAGGCAUCGGCGGAGCAGCGAAAGAGGGAGUUCAAGGAGGGAGAAAGAGAAGAGGAGAGAGAGGCGGAAGAAAAAGAAAAGAGAGAGAAGUGAUAAAGAUAGAAAGAAAGGGAGCAGUAGACGGAGAUCAAAUCGAGAGGGUAAAAGGAAGGUUUCGGAUUCAGAUACGGAGUCGGAGGAGAAGGGAUAUGGAUUUUCUGAUGGUGAUAGUAAUUUGCCUAGGAGUGAUCCUGUAGACGUGGUGAAGUAUAUAUUGAAAGAGUUCCCUGCUGUAGCUGAUGAUUUGGAACAGCUUCUGCGCAUGAUUGAUGAUGGACAAGCCGUUGAUAUAUCUGGUCUAUCUGAGAAGUCCUUAGUACAGUAUUUGCGAAAGCUAUUCUUGUCCUUGAGCCUCAAUGAAAAUGGUCGUUUAGUCUUUCUGUUGCCUUCUGAUGUUCGUCCAACUCUCGAGGUUGUUGGAGCUGUUAUACGCCCUAAACUGGAAACUCAAGGUCCGCUUAUUGAUAAUCAUGAUCAGCAUAAUGAUUUAUCAGCUGAACAACCAAAUGAGGAACACGUACCUGCUGAUGGUGGCUCAAAGCUUCCAUGUGCACAAGAAGAUGUUGCAGCUCCUAGCAAGAGGGUUAUUGGACCUGCAAUGCCAUCUGCUGAAUUGCUUGCUGCAGCAGCUAAAUUAACCGAAGCAGAGGCUGAGUUAAGGGAGGCUGAAGUUGGUGAAGACGAUGUUCUAUUUAUUGGACCUCCACCUCCUGCUGUGGUCCAUGAGGCUGCAUCUGCCAAUGAUGCAGAGCGUUUUGAGGAGGUCACAAGAAUUAUGGGAGCAGAGAUUGAUAAUCCAUAUGAUAUUGUUGGUGUCAAUAGGAAUAUGCAAGCUGACAACAUUAAGAAAAGAUAUUGGAAGCUGUCUCUUAUGGUUCACCCUGACAAAUGCCCUCAUCCAGAAGCCCAUCAAGCAUUCAUUAAGUUGAAUAAAGCUUUCAAGGAUUUACAAGAUCCUGUCAAGCGAAAAGCAAUGGAUGAUAAAAUUGACGAGAAGGAGGAAAAGGAAAGAUUUAAGUUGGAGUUGAAAGCUAUGCGUGAAGCUGCACAAUGGAGGCGUUUGCAAGGUAUUUCUAUGGAGGGUGAUGACGCACUCUUAGCAGACAUGGACGUAAAAGAGGAACGAAGAAGAGAUGAAUGGAUGACAACACUACCUCCCGAAAGGAAACCUGGUGUGGCAACACAGCAAUCAACAAAAAGUUUUAGCAGAACUUCGAGAGAAGGGCGGGGUGAUACCAGUGCUUGGACUGAUACCCCUUCAGAUAGAGCCCAGAAGGCAAAAAUGAAUUACUUGGAGGCAUAUAACGUAGCUGCAGCACUUGCUGCUGAUGACCUAGAGAAGAAAACAAGUAAUAAUGAUGAUGCGGAAAUGGUGGACAAGUACAACAAAGCGAAAAGGUCAAAAUCAUUGGUGGAAAAGCAUCAAGAGGCAAGUCGGGUUCGGUCGAAGAAGAAGUCAAAAGUAGAAGGGCAGGAAAAACAGAAACAAGAAUGGGAGGGAGAUCAUCCAUGGAAACCUUGGGAUCGAGAGAAAGAUUUGACGGCAGGACGACAAAAAGUGAAACUGGAUGCCGAGAAUAUGGCACAAGGACUCACUUCUAGGUUUUCUUCGGGCUCGUUUCAAAGAAAUUUCCUUUAGUUUAGAUGAUUUCGGGUUGUGCUACAAGAACACUAAUCUUUCUUCUGUUUUAAUUUCAGAAAAAUGGAAAGAUGUAUUUCCGAAUAAUUAAACUUUAAUUUCGAGACGUAUAAAAGUUGGUUUGUGAUUUGAAAA